AUGACUUUGCAAGAGCCGGGAGACCUCGGAUAUAAUGACUUUCAUGUUUCGCUUUUCUAUUUGGCGAGCAUUGACUCAAAUCAUGUUCAGGAUGCUAAUGUCACUAUUGCUUUAAAAAAUCUUGCUAAGAAGAAUGCAGUGACCAAAGAGAAACGUCUUAGCGAAUUUCUUAAAAUGCUUGAGAAUUCUGCCUUCGAUGUCAAAGAUUACCACAUUUUAGUAUGCUGGCUUCAAUUGUAUCCUCGACUCGCUAUAGACUCUCAGAAGUCAGUAAGGCAUCUUUCUCAUCAAAUUUUGUCAACAUACAUGGACAAAUACGGGGUAAAAGAGUUCAGCAAGUACUUGAAGACUGCCAUGCCCAUUUGGCUUCAGGGUCUAUUCGAUGACAAAUCAAUAGCGAAAUCGGUCAAGUCAGAUCUACUCAAAUGUUUUGCAGGUGAUGAGACGAAGGCGAAUUAUAAGGUUUGGGUCGUUUUCCAUGAGCAAAUAAUUAACUAUUGUCACACAGUCCUCAUCCAUGAAACGGCUUCAAGUAUCACUGACGAAAGGUCCGAGACUUCUGAUGAAGUGAGUUUAAAAUAUGAACGAGCUGAGAAUAUUGCAAUAUUGAUGCUCUUGCAAACAAUUCGCCUUGCAAAUGGACAAGAAUACUUCAUAAGUGAUUCGGCCUCAAGCCAAAUCAAUGAAAUCUUGACACUGAAUCAAUUCUGGGAAAACCUCGGUUCAUGCUCUGCGAAGGAAAAUUUGAAUGCGGGCCUUUUCAGAUCAUUUUUGGCGUUGAUCACCGAAAUAUUUUCUUUGACUGAUGAGGGCAAUCUCAAACCUGUCACAUUCAAUUUGAAAGAGUUGAAGUCCAUAUUCAAAACCACGUCUAAGAAGAUCAUCAAAAACGUCAAGUUGAGUCCUUCUUCAGACGCAUCCACGGUUUUUGUCUAUUCCUCAGUCAUUAUUAAUCUUGUCAAUGCACUCAACUCGCUCACUUUGUUCACGAAGCAAAACCAGAUUAAGAUUAAAAGAAACUUUUGGCAGUAUGGUGGGCUGAAAAGCUACUCUCGUUUGAAGGACCUUUUGAGAAUUGGACCCUGUAGCUCAGAUCCAGCAUACUAUGAUGCAUUGCAUACAUUUUUUACUGCUUUGGAAGAGUCAUUCAUACCCCCUGAGGAAGAUUUUCCAUUCGUUGAUUUUUCAAGCAUCAAGGAUGCCAAAAACAUCAUCCUAAAAAUUCUUUUGCCUCACUUUCAGAAUCUCAGAGGCCUUAAUGCUGUUUCUUUUAAGUAUAGAGGAAUGCAGUGUAUUACCCAUAUUCUCAAGCUUUUUGCUAGACAUGUUGAUAACAAUAAAGCUCUUGAAGAUAUAGCUCAAGUUUUGUUUAUCACCUUCCUCGAUGGUAUUUCGGUUCCUUGUUUUAGGAAGGAUGAAGUGAGGAUCAGAGAGUGUAGUAACAGUCAUUUGGCGGCACUUUUUGUUUCCUUCCUCAAACAUAAGCAGGAAGAUCUUACACAGGGGAUUUUGGCCAGACUAGGUCAAGAUAAUCCACAAAUCCCAAAAGUGACAUUCAAUGGAGAUUUUGUGCAGAUGUGUACGAACUUUUAUGAAAUACUAGAGGAAGUAUCUGCUGAACGUGGAGAACAAUUUUUGCAAGCAAUAAUUGAGAAUCUCGAAGAAACAUAUGAUACUAGCUCGCUUGAACAAGGUUUGAAUAUUUUGUUCAACUCUAUUUCAAGAACAAGACAAAGUGCCAUUGUCACCAAUUGGGCAGUUUCAAGUAUUCCCGCUUUUAUCUCAAGCGAGCUUGUUGAUUGCCCUCUCAAUUUUUUAAAAAAAUUUCUUGAACUUCAUAUCAACAUAGACUAUGGGCAGAUGAUCAACGACUUCUUCAUGAAAAUUUCUGUUGAAUGCCUGACAUGUCUCACUUCAUUAUUUGGCAUUUUGAGUGGGUUUGAUGAGUCUAAAAGGGUAUUACUGAGCACCUCAACUCCUGAUGCAUAUGAAUACCUUCUUUACAUUUCUCAAAACAAAGAAAGGCUGGAUAAAGAAAAUGAUAUGGUCUUAGCAUUCAUUGAGAACGCGGACAUAUACGCAAAUCUAUUGGGGUCGACUGAGGGCCUUGCAAGACAGGAUACCUUGAUUUUAAGGAUGAACAGCUUAAAGUGUCCAUCGACUGAAUCUCUUAUUCCCUGCGCUUUGGAACUUGUUCAUAAAGAACACUCAAAGAAAUUCUUGGAGGAUUUUGCGGAACAGGGCAUAGUGAAAAGUAAAAUUUACGAGAAAAUGCUAACAUUGAGACCGGAUCACGAUUUUCAAGCCUUGAUUGAUCUCUUGGCUAGAAAAAGAGAAUUGAUACCCUUGGAAAUGAUAGAGAAUGAAAUCAAUCAAGCAUUAGAUACAGUUGAUAUUGUUUCCCUUUCGAUUUCUAAUCCCUUAUUGCAAAAUAUCAAUCUUAUCAAACAGCCGGCAAGCACGAGAUUAUCGCCCUUUUUAUUGACCGUUGCAGCAUUCUUGAAGAGCCUUUCACAGGUUGUUGUACCGGAUAAUAAUAUUCAAACUCUCACAAGUAUAUGUGCUGAAUACGUGAGCGACUACGAUUUCUUGAAUCCAAAACACGAAGAAGAAAAUAUAGAGAAAUCGUGCAAUGCUUUCGGAUAUGUGGGUGUGACAGCCAUUCAAUGUGACGGUGUGAGUAUAGCACAAGCCUUUAAUGGCACCAGCGAAACUUUGAUUGGCAAUUUGUUCAACAAAAUCACUGGGAAAGGACUUUUCUCUGCAAAACAGUACUACAUUUCUAGGGUAUUGGUUCGUGCUUUAAAUCCAAUUUUUGAAAGUAUGUCACUCUCUGACUUUGACAAGAUCGAAUUUUCAUACGCGACUCUCGGUAGCAAUCCUCUCAAGCUUGCCACCUUGCUUUGCUCCGCAAUGAAAUUUGUUGGAGUAUCUUCAAAGCUUGACAGGAUUAGAAAUUUUGUUUUCGCGGAGAUUCUUAGUGUUCGAUCUACCGCAGACAUUUGCGAAGCGGGCCUUGUGUGGAUUUCUCUCGCAAACACUUUUAUUGAUGUCCCUGCUAGAUAUGAUAUCUUGCCCAAUCACAAAUUGGGAAUGCUUGUCAAUCAUCUUUCUAGUUGGUUGGAAAGCGAUAUUGCCUUUGAUAACCUGUUCGUCAUCAUGAGGGCUUUACUUGCUUCGUUCUUCUCGCUGUUUAUUCCAGUUUUAGGAGACAAUGUUCCUGGUAAGACAUGGGAAGUAGCAAUUGACCUAUGCUUGAACAAUCUUGGAAUGGCUCAAUCGGACACUGAUCUGGCAGCAUUAGAAUAUUCCUCUCUGAAGUUGUUUCUUGUCUUGUCGAAGUUUAUUGGCUCAAAUGGAAGCGAAGAUUGGGAGCAAAGCAGAAUAUCUAUCGAGGAAGAAAUUUUAGGUUUGACCAUUGCGAAACAAAUUGGAAAGACUGAGUUCAGGCCACAUCAUCAACCGUCCAUUCUCGUAUACGACUUAUACGAGAGAGUUUUGCUGAAGGCUAAUAUUUCAAAAGAGAUUCUUUCAGAGAAUGUGGAUAAACUUUACCAAAUGCUUGCAUCUUCUGUCAUUCUAGGUGCGCAGAAAGUUGCUUGCUCGCUACUCCAGAGCCACAUCUAUGAAAGUCAGCAAGAUGUGAUUUUGGAAGUUCAAAUGAGGGUCUCCAAUAUAUCAGGUGAAAGUGGGCCCAUUGAAGACUUGGCUAAAUUUAAUCCUAUUUUGCUUCAUGCAAUUUCCGACCAGGCCUUCAAUUUGGACGAUGCCUUGGAAAGAAGAAAUUAUCAUGAUAUAUUCAAGUAUUUGUGGAGCUGGGUACUCGUGUUUGAUCAUUUCAAAGAGUCAACAUACUCCAUGAAGGCCGCGUAUAUUAAUAAGUUGAGGGAGAAUAACAGUAUCCGACUCUUGCUUAAUACUGCAUUUGAUUCUCUUCCGUUGUCAGAACAGGCUUUUCUUAAUCGGCUUGUUCUUGAGCCAAUUGAAAAACUUGAGAAAGCGAAGCCAGCCCAAAGUCUCAUUCAAAAAUAUGAUAUUGAUCAAAGUCUUGGGGGAAAUGAAGUGAAAGAAGAUGUUUACUUCUUGCUUGCCCACUUAUGUUACCAGACAUUUCAAUUCUUGGGAUCAUUUGCGCUGCAGUGGUUUAAUGAAAUACGAGAUGUACAAUUGAAGCAGCAAGUCGAAAGAUUUUCAAUUCGUUUUGUGUCUCCUAUUCUCAUUUCAGAGAUAUUGGAGGACGUCGAGAAGGCUAAAGACAAAUUGACCAAAACUGACGAUACGCUUACCAUCAAAGUCAACAAGGUGACGAAUGAGGUAAAAUCUAUUUAUGUAAUCGACGAGCAAACUAUGGAAAUGGUGAUCCGAAUUCCUGAGCGAUUCCCUCUUUCAAACGUUUCUGUCGAAGGACCUACUCGCUUGGGUGUGAAGGAAAACCAAUGGAAAGCGUGGUUGUUGGCAUCUCAGAGGGUGAUCACUCUCACGAAUGGUUCCAUCUUCGAUUGCAUCGAACUUUUCAACAAAAACGUCAAUUUGCACUUUUCUGGUUUUGAGGAAUGUGCAAUUUGUUACUCAAUCUUACAUCAGGAUCAUUCAUUGCCUUCAAAGAACUGCCCUACUUGUCUGAACAAGUUUCACGCAGCCUGUCUUUAUAAAUGGUUCAAGAGUUCUGGAAGCAGUACAUGCCCCUUGUGCAGAUCAGCAUUCAAUUUCAACACAGGAAGGUCAUAA